GCCUAACAUUUCGACCUUUUUCUUAAAGUGGAAACAACUAGCCUCAGUUUGAUAGAAAUGAACCUAGAUGCUCAAUUUGCUUGUCUGAUAGUAAUAACACACUCAUAAAUGAGUGGUUAGCAAUGAUUGAUUCUGGCGGAAAUUAGGUAUGUUAAUGAAUACUAAAGCUCACUAAUCUAAUUUGUUCAGUGUGGUUGAAUCUUGAGUCUGUGUGGGAAAAUAUUUCUCGCAGAAUAGAGCCCACACAUGAUUCAUUACCCUGAAAGGGACAUUAGACAUAUUUAUAGCUGGAAUAGCCUGUCCAGACACUUUAUCCGUCUUCUCAGUCUUUAGUCAAUUACAUUUUAGCAAUUGCACUCUUAGAUUCAAUCUAUGGCGGUUAUAUAAAGCUCUGCUCGACUUUUAAACAUUUUUUGUUAUUAUGAAGGUUUCGCUUUCCUCUUUGCGCAAAAGAAGGUGCGCGCGGCGCUCCGGCUCCUGGCUCGCGCGGUUCAAAAUGUUUAAAAACUUUAGCCCGUGUAAAUACUUACCUGCGGUGCUGGCACUGAUCUUGGUUUUCACCUACCGUGCCGGUGGAACUACGGACGAAGAUCCUCUUUUCAAAUGCUUACAAGACUCUGAUUACGAUUACCUUCUGAAGCUAACAGAACAAGGUCUCCCUCCGACGAAAAACCCUCAGCAUGUGGUAAUCGUUGGAGCGGGCGCUGCUGGACUCACUGCUGCCAAAUUCCUGGAGGAUGCGGGACAUAAGGUGACGAUUAUUGAGGCAAGUGAGCGCAUAGGUGGAAGAAUUCUGACAUAUAGGAAUAAAAGCGAGGGAUGGUAUGCAGAACUCGGUGCUAUGAGGAUCCCAAGUUUCCACAAGAUUCUCAGGCAUUUCGCGAAAAAGCUGGGCCUGCAGUUAGGACCAUUUGUACAGGAAGACGAAAACACAUACUAUUUUCUAAAUGGAUUUCGUCACAAAACCUACAACGUAAAGCAGAACCCAGACAUUCUGAACUACCCCGUGCAUGACUGGGAGAAAGGGAAAAGUGCCAGAGAACUGUUCGACAUGGCUUUGGGCAAGUUAAAAGGCGAUCUGCAGAUAAUGGGCUGUGAGAACAUGUUGAACAAAUAUGAUUCAUACUCAGUCAAGGAGUAUUUAGUGAAUGUGGGAAAUUUGAGCAGAGGAGCUUUGAGAAUGGUUGGUGAUAUCCUGAAUGAGAACAGCUUCUUCUACACGGCCCUCACUGAGAUGCUCUACAUCCAAUGUGAUAUAAACGACAAUGACACGUAUUCUGAAUUUAAAGGCGGCUUCGAAACAUUCUCUAAUGCAUUCUACACAGUUCUAAACGCUACAAUUCUAAUGCGAUCAAAAGUCCAGGCUAUCACUCAAACCCAGGACAACGUGACCGUUUCAUACGAAGACCAGCAUAACCAAGGGGGCCUGAGCAGCAUUACUGCCGAUUACGUGCUAGUGACGGCCACGGCCAAAGCAACGCUCCUCAUUGACUUUAAGCCCCCUUUGUCAGCUGACAAGAUGGAAGCGCUGCGGUCGCUGCACUACUCCAGCUCCACAAAAGUAGUGCUGAGUUUCAGCAAAAGAUUCUGGGAGGACGAUGGCAUCCGGGGUGGGAAAAGCAUCACAGAUCUGCCUUCACGUUUCAUCCACUAUCCCAGUCACAACUUCUCUGGGAUGCCAGGCGGCGCUGUGUUGGCCUCUUACACCUCCUCUGAUGAAGCUGCAUUCCUGCAGACUAUAGAUGAAAAGGAGUUGAAGCAUCUGGUGUUGAAUGACCUGGUGAAGAUUCACGGAGAACACAUCCGCCAGCUCUACACCGGGGGCGUUGUGAAAAAGUGGGGACUGGAUCGUUACAGCCAUGGAGCCUUUGCUAUCUUCACCCCGUUCCAGAUGAGAGACUACAGUAAGUCUAUAGUCCAGAAUGAGGGGAGGAUUUACUUUGCAGGAGAGCACACGGCCAGACCUCAUGCCUGGAUUGAGACCGCCAUGAAAUCUGCUCUGAGAGCUGCAGAUAAAAUAAAUAACAACGCCAAGUAGGAAACAGAGCGUGACGGUUUUGACUGACUACACUCCCAGCUUUAAAAAAUGGAAAUCAAUUGUAAAAAAAGAUUAAGUUGAGGGAUGUGGUUGGCAUUUUGGAGUUAACUGAUAUUUUAUUAAAUUGUAUGUAAAUUUAAGAUGCUAGUGAUCUAAGCAGCUAUGCAAAAACUGUUACACCAAGAACAAUGUAUUAUUCAUUAUCCUGAAUUAUAUUGCUAACAGUAAACAUCAUGUAACAAUGCAACUAUACUACAGAAAAAAAAACCCUUGACAUUUAUUUAGUUUAUUUGUAUUUAAUUUUAGAUAACUGACAUGGUAUCACUUUACUGAAUAUUCUGGCAUUGUAUUUAUACAGACUGAUUGUAAUCGUAUUAAUGAUAUAUAUUUUCUUCAACUGAAAUGAAAUUGUAUUUGCGUACCUUUUUAUAUAUAUAUUUUUUUUCAAAGUUACGUGAAAUGUUAAAACGUUACGUAGAUUAAUAAAAUUGUACCUUUGUUAAAA